AUGCGUGCGCCGCCCGGCCCCGUGGCCUGCCUGUUGGUGGGCGCCGUCCUAGCGCACGCCGCCCUAGGGCACGCCGCCCUAGGCACACUAGCCGCCCCAGGGUACCACCCCGAGGACGUGGCUACGACUUCGUACGAAGAGGCGAUUGAUGUGCUGGACUACCGGACCGUGUGCCCUACAGACCAGGUCCUGCGCACGAGGGACACCUGUCAACUGAACGGGGCCGAAGUCCCCUGCAUCAGACUACGGUGCUGUGACACACACAGAUAUGUUUCUGGGAGAUGCAUCCCGAACUCGAUGGACCCAUGCAGUCUCCGCCUGUGCGAGCAGGCGUGCGAGGUGCGCGGCGAGCGGCUCUGGUGCUCCUGCCACAAAGGCUUCCAAUUCCACGAGGCCAACUACUUGAAGAAGCAGCAGCCUUACUGCGUUGACGUAGACGAGUGCGCCACAGACAACGGCGGCUGCGAGCAGCGCUGCGUUAACGACAUCGGCGGCCAUCACUGCGCGUGCGCCGUUCCGCUCACGCUCGCGCGGGACGGACGCGCCUGCGAGCGGCCCGUGCCUAUCGUUAUACCAGAACCACUGCCACUGAUCCGGGCCUCAUCCAGGUGCUACGCCCCUUGUGACACGGUAUCCUGGCUCUCCAGGAGGGUGAAGCAGCUAAGCGACCAGCUCCGCACAACCGAGGAGGCCUUGAAGAAGAUUAUGGAACACCCUAUGUUGAAGGAAGAGGGUACAAUGACGUACAGAGUGCUGGACGCCACUGCGCCGCUUGAAGGAGGAUACUGCCGAUGUGAAAGAGGUCCGAGGGGUCCCGCUGGAGCGCCAGGCAUGGAGGGCCCCAAAGGCGACGCCGGGCCCCGGGGCCCACGAGGGGCUCGGGGCCCUCAAGGUUCCCUGGAUCUGAUGCUGCUACUGCUAGCUGAUGUACGGCAUGACAUUAGGAACUUAGAGGCGAAGGUUUACAAGGAUGGAGAACAGCCAGAACGCUUCAACCUGCAGAAAGCUUGGCGGCACCAGCGCAAGCAGGAACGCUUGGAGCGCGAGAAAAGUACUGAACAAGACCUGGAGGCCUACACAGCGCCGCCACUCGUCAAGGAGGUAGCGACCGUGGUCAUCACACCGCAAGCACACUUCUGA